AUGAGACUCACAAAUCUCAGUCCCAACCGGGCCUCAGACGAACCUGCUGAGAUUUAUGGAUACCGUCCAUAUCUCCUUUCUUUCUCUGCUGCGUGGGCCUCAGCAAUGUAUGGCUAUGACUCCGCAUUCAUCGGAACAACGCUAAGCCUGCCUUCAUUCAUACGUGCCUACGGGCUUAAUUCGGCAGAUGAAACCAAUCUUUCUUCGAACAUCGUCUCUACAUUCCAGGGUGGUGCAUUCUUUGGCUCCCUAUUUGGAUUCUUCUUAGCAGAGAGAUUCGGAAGAAAGACUACUCUUGCUGUUGCCGGUGUGGUAUUUGCCAUCGGCGUAGUCCUCCAGCUGAUUGGGAAGAUUGGCCUGCUCUACGGUGGGCGCGUUCUUACUGGUCUCGGUGUUGGUGGAUCUGCUAUGAUUCUACCGAUAUACAUAUCGGAAUGUUCUCCAGCCAAAAUCCGUGGAAGCCUGGUCGGUAUAUUCGAAGUGAUGCUGCAGAUUGCGCUCGUUUUUGGGUUUUGGGUCAAUUAUGGCGUCAACAAGAAUAUCUCUCCUGACAGCGACACCCAGUGGCAUAUUCCUGUUGCCGUUCAGUUUAUUCCCGUGGGUAUGCUCUUAUUGUCUCUUGGCUUUAUUCCUGAGUCGCCUCGUUGGUUGGUAUCGAAGUCGCGCAGGAGCCAGGCCCUACGUUCUUUGUCGUGGAUUCGAAAUCUCCCCGAGGACCACGAAUACAUACAACGUGAGCUCUUGGUCAUGGAGGCAGGCGCUCAAAAUGACCUUGAGUCCGGAGAAGGAUGGCGUCAUUGGACACAGCUCUUGCGAGAACUCAGCCAGAAAGGUGUUCGAAAUCGGCUGGGAAUCAGUAUAGCUAUGAUGAUGCUUCAAAACUUCACUGGCAUCAAUGCCAUAAACUACUACAGCCCGACAAUAUUCAAGGCGAUCGGCUUUUCAGGCACGUCCAUUCAACUACUUGCCACUGGAGUAUAUGGCCUGGUCAAAAUGGGAGCGACAUUUGUAUUUGUGAUCGUGAUUGUCGAUAGAAUAGGUCGCCGCCCAGCACUUCUCGUCGGCUCCAUCGGUGCUGGCUUUGCCAUGUUCUAUCUGGCAAUAUACUGCAAGGUUAGCAAUAGUCUCAACCAGACACCUCCUCGUGAUUCUGGCGCAAAUGCAGCAAUUGCUAUGAUUUAUAUCUAUGCUGUAUUCUACGGAUUCUCAUGGAACGGCAUCCCUUGGCUUUUUACUGCCGAGACCCUACCAACAAGAGUACGCACUCUCGGGAUGGCGAUUUCAGUAUGCGUACAGUGGCUUGGUCAAUUUAUCGUGGUAUACUCGCUACCGCAUAUGAUUAAGGGUAUUGGAUAUGGCACAUUUCUCUUCUUUGCGUGUUGUAUUGUGCUGGCUCUACUUUUUGCCUAUUUCUUUAUUCCCGAAACCAAGGGGGUGGCGAUGGAGGACAUGGACUUGAUAUUUGGUCCAGAUGUCUCUAUCAUUGCAAGAAAAGCGCGACAAAACUACGAUUUGCAUUAUGAACAGCGCUUGGAAGUUGUUCUGCAGAAUGAAAAGGCUCAUAUCCAGGUUGAGCAUGCAGAGCAUGUUGAUGUUUGA